CGCCAAAUCAUCAACAGUAUCUCUUCCAAUAAUCAACCGUAACUCUUCAAUUGAAAUUCACUAGUGACAUUAUUAACUGUAAAUAUAAAGUGCGAUUAACUUUGAAUUCAAAGAAAGGAAUUUUUUGUUAGUUAUUAUCAUAACCAAAGACUCAAAUGAUUGGAUGAAUACAUUUUAAAUCGUAAAGAGUGUGGGUGGCAGAAGUGAGAAGAAGAAAUGGAAUUAUCUGCCCUUGGAUUAUCUAAUGGAUUUCGUUGAAUAUGAUGAGUUAGAAAAAGAAUACACAGCCUUGAAAAGUAAAGAAAAUGAAGAACAGAUAGAACUCAGGAGAUUAAGAACAGAAAACAAUCUUCUGAGACAGCGAAUUGAUAAUUUAGAAAAAGAAUCAGCAUCACUGGCUGACCGUCUGAUACAGGAUCAAGUUAACAGAGCUCAGGAGGCAGAAGAAACAUAUGCCCUAAAAAACGAACUAGCCAUGACCAAACAAAAAUUGGCCGAUAUACUUAAAAAAUAUGAAGAAGCUGAUGUUCUUAUUUGUGAAGUUAAAGAAAGGACAUGUUGUUAUGAGAAUGCUGUAAAUUUAUCAGAUGAUGCUGCAACAACUUUAAUACAACAAUUACAAGAAGAACUAAUUGCUGUGAGAUUACGUGAAUCCGAGACUAAUAUUCUAAUCAAAGAAUUACGUGUUAAAAUUAGUGAUCUUGAAGAUACAAAUCUGAUGUUACAGCGUGCACCUAGUAAUGACGUCCAGCAAUUACAAGAAGAACUGAUAGCUGUUAAACUACGCGAAGCUGAGGCUAAUCUUUCACUUAAAGAAUUACGCCAAAGAGUAAAUGAACUCGAAUCAUAUUGGGAGUCACAUAUGGAGAGGAUGCAGGCUUUAUCAUCACCAAAAGAGAAAUCUAGUAAACAAGAAAUACGACAGUUACAAGAAGAAACAAUGACAGUUAAAUUACGUGAAGCUCAAACAUUAGUUAGUCUUAAGGAAAUGAAACAAAAAGUCAUGGAACUAGAAACUCAGAAUCAAAUUUGUACGAAUCAAAUGCGUCGGAUGGGAGAUGAAAAUAAAUCUAUAAAAGAAGAAAUGGAAACAAUCAGUGAAAAUGAAAAAGAUUUAAAGAAAACAAUCAAAGAUUUACAGCGUAAAAUAGAUGAUGGUGAAACACAGAAACGAGAAGAUUCAAUGAUGACAAGAAUAACAGAGGCAGAAAAAGAUCAGUUAAUAGGCACAUUAAAACAGACGAUAGCCUCGUUAGAAAUAGAAAAGGCUGAAUUAUUAACCACAGGUCAGUUACAAACAAAGGCGGGAGACCAGGACCUAACAAAUAAAAUAUAUGAUCUUCAAGAGGAGGUCUUACAGUUAAAAAUGCAGCUUUCCAUGAAAAAUAAUCCCAUGUUAAAAAGUUAUAUUGCUGGUAAUUCUGAUGAUGAAAUAGAUGAAGAAAUCAAGGAAUCAAAACAACUUGAUCAGACUUUAUCGGACAUUAUUGAAGGAAUUUCCCCUGUGAAAAAAGUUUUACAAAACGGUGACUUUUCGUUAGAGAAUGGUAACUUUAGCGCAAGUGACGAUUCUGCAAAUAGUUCGAAAUUAUCGGACGGUGUUAAUCAGUUACAAGAUUCCUUACUAGACAAUUCUUCAUCAUCAACAACAAAAGUAGCCAAUGAAAAUCAAGGCUCGUGAUUUUAAUGCUGCAUGUUGCAUGUCAAGUUUCUACCAAAAAUGCUAGCCUCUACUUUCGUUUUAAAACUGAUUCUUUAACAACAUGUGCCAAAGGUAUCCAAUCAGUUACAGUGUUGUAUGAUUACCAUCAGUUUGAAUGAACUAAUCAUGUUGCUCGAUGCAGACAAACUUGACUUCUGAUAUUAUAAAUAUAUAUAUAUAUUGUUUUAAAAGUGUUGUGUACAAAAUUGCUUUUUUAAUUAUUAUUUAUUUGUUGUUCUUUUUGGUGCAUUAUUCUGAGAAUAUUAAGAUAUGAUAAUCAAGUAUUUAUAUAAGAUCAACAAGUGCUGAUUUAUUAGACGAUACAAUGUUUAUUUUGCUUGCCACAGAAUGUUUUAUUGAAUUUAACAUUAAUAUGUAUGUACAUGUAUUGUUCAAGUUUGUGAGUCUUUUUUUAAUUCAACAUUUUUCAUUAAAAAUAAACAUGCUAAGAGGGUGUAAUAAAAGAAAAACAGAAAUUAACACAUAAGUAGAAGACACUUCAUGUUCUGGACAGAUGACUAAUUUUUGGAGACAAUUAGGUAAGCUAUAGCCUGACUUAACUCCCUUGGAUAGGGAUUAAGCGAUACUUUCUCAAUGACUUCUGGUUGGCAUUGAUAUAGGUAUCUAAAGGGGUAAACUGGACAUAUCUCUCUCUGAGAGCUGUCUUACGCAGUUUAUCUUCUCAAAACAAAUGUAACUCACUGAAAUGAGAGAUGGUUUGUUGUAAUAGUGUACAACACAAUUACUAUAUUAAUAUUCAGCUUAAAUUUUGUUCUGGUUUUUGGUCAAUUACUUAAAAUAUACCAAUCUCAGUUGAGCUAAAGUCAUAAUUUCAUAAAGUCUUUAAAGUAAAGCAAUGAAUGAUAAAUAGAUAAUGAUCAAAGGUCAGUUAUUUCACAUGUAAACUAAAACAGAAAUUCAAAAAGGUUAACCACUUAACUUAAAUACAUGGGUCACAAUUCUAUGAAAUACAAUUACUGCUUAUUACUGAGCGACAUUUCAACUAGGCUUCUCUAGUCUUCAUCAAGCAAUGAUGAUAUAUAAAAUAUGAUGGGACAUGAUAUACAUAUAAAAACAGCAAUACCAACAUCUUGAGUGAUGCCAGGUGACCAUUAUAAAUUAUAUAGAAUUAUUAUGUCCUGUGUCUUUCUUGUUCAAUUACUGUAAUGAAAUGAAAUGGGGUUUAACGUCCUAAUGUUCUGCUCUGACUGGGAUAAUGAAGACGGGCCUAUGCCAUGCAGUGGCUAUGAGGGAAAUUUUGCCCGGACAGCGUCGCUAUGGCUACUAUUUUCAAAUUCAAACUGUCAAGGGUUCUUUUACAUGAAUACAGAACUUCAGUUUUUGUCCAAUAUGAAUAACUAUACAUUGUCCCUUGCCAGGCCCUCUGUCCUGCAUCACUGAUAAGGAUGAGCUUUCUCAGCCAACACUGGGAUUGAACACAGGACCUCCAGGUUAACGAGCUAACAGCUUACUCACGGAGCCACUGCUGCUCCAGUUCAAUUACAAAAUACCAUUGAAACAAUAUAACUUUUAUCAAGUUGAUUCACUCACUGCUUUAGAUUGUAUGAUGAACCUUAUUUGUGAUUUAUGCAAUAUAUAGGCCACACUAAUUUGAAUUUCUGUUCUUUGGGAACAUCUAUUAAAAUUCUGCCUUUUACUUCCUUAGGAAAAAGCCAAUUUAAAAACAAAAAGUACUUAGUUGAUGUUCUCAAAAGCUUGAAAACGGCGAGAGAAUAUUUUUUGAAAUGUCGUCUAAAUGAAUCAGUAAUUAUUCUUCCAUAAGUAUGUGUUAUAGUUUAUUUCUCAAAAGCUGUUUCAGAUAUUUUAAGUUUUGAAAUUUUAACAAAACCUCACAUUUGAGUAGGAUAUUUAAUGAUCAAGACCUUAAAGAACUAAUAAUUGUAUUUCUUUCACCCUUAAAUGCAUUCAUUGUAUAUUAUAAUUGGUGAUGUUAAUCAGAGUAUCCAAUUAUAAUCUGUUAGUACUUUUUAUGUAGUUAUUAUUACUCUAUAGGUCACAGAUUCUAUAUUAAGUUUUAAUACUCAAAUUGGAUAUUUAUCAGGGACAUAUUAAACUAAGUCUUUGAUAUAUUAUGUUUAUAUGUGUAUUGUGUCAUGUAGAUACAUCAGAAUUUCUAAAUGCACAAACUAACCAAGUCUCUAUCAUUAUUGUAAACAGAGUUGUCACAUGUAAUCCAACGUUGGUGUUUUAAGUAACCUGAAAAACAAAAUUGGGAAAUUUUGUAUUUUUGUAUUGUUCUUUAAUAUCUCAAAUUUUCAAAUAAUUUUAAUCAUAAUUGAGUCCAGGUAUGUCAGCAUGGCUCCAAACAGUGCGAACUGGUACUAGCCAGUCCCCCAUAUAUAAUGAUAUAACAGUCUGGCUGGAACCUGACAUUUAGUCUAGGUACACUGUUCAGAUAUUUUAACUAUAUGAUCUGAUAUUUUCUCUUCAACAAUUAAGAUAUAUGAAGUUGAUAAAGGUUUUGAUGGGAACGAAAGAGUAAUUGUGUAAUUGGCUAGACCAGAGAUGGGGUCGUGUCUCUGAUUAACACCUUAAAUAUUUUGAUGUUUUGUGUAGUUUCUCUGCGCACAAGUAAAUUAUUACCUGUAAAUUGUGUCAGGUUAGUCUCUGAAUGACCUAUCUUGUGUUGAGUGGACAAUGAACCCCAUACUAUACCCUGCCACCCUUUUACUGGUUGGGCUACUGUUAAAAACUCAAUGGAUUGUUAUUUAUAUUUAUCUGUAUUUAAAGUGGGUGUAGCCCCAAAGUUUUUCUUAGUUUUUUAAUUGUGCAAUAAAUUAAUCAACACUGAAUGUAAUGUGAACUUAAAUUUCCAGCUUAUCUCUGGAAAUGAAAAACAAUAUAUCUUAAUAGCUAAUUACAUGUCAGUAUAUAAUCAUUUUUUUGUUUGCAAAGGGAAAAUAUCUAGCAUAAAAAUAAAACCACCGUUAUAGUUUGAGAUUUACUUUCUAGGGGCUACUCCUAAUCUUAAACAUCAGAUAUAUGUUGAUUAAAUUCACAUUGUCUUCCAUAUAAACUAUACAAUGAUAAAACAACUGUGUUAUAAAGAGGUAAAUAAUUUCCCUAUAGAAUGGGAAAUCAGAUAAUUUUAUUUUACUUAAAAAGAUUAAUUACUGAUUAAUAAACAAGUGGAAUUGGUUGCAAGUCUACAGGAAAAUUUAAAAUAAAAUGAUAAAUUGACUAUGUUAUACCAGACCCCCAGGUUCCUAGAAAAAUGUUACCAUUUUCAAGAUUAUGUCAACUUUAGAUAGGCACAAAAUGAACUAAAGAUUUUUCAAGGAUCCAGGUCCUGGUCUUUUCUUUAGCAAAAAUAAUCACUGUUUCUCCACACAACUUGAGUGUAGAUGUAUAUUGUGAUAGCAUACCUUUAAUCUGUUUUUGUAUUAUAUAUAUAACAUUACACUAUAAACUGGACUAUGAAUAUCAUUCUCAAAGUUUAUCAUUACUCACUGUGAUAAAAUGUCUCACCUCUUUUAUGUUUAUUUAAAUUAAUGGUCUGUUUUAUUGUGACUGUCUAAAAACAAAAUCUAAAUCUUACUUAUGGCCAUAAUAUGGUUCUGAUGGAAAUGGAAAUUGAAUGUAGUUUCCGGAACACUUAAAAAUCUGUUAAGCCUAGCUUAUGUCGCCCUACGAUGCGAUAACUGACAGCUUAUGUCACUGCGACUGAAUUUAUCCAGGACUGGACGCAACCACGAGCAACCAGUUGAUCAUAGUUGUAAGCACACUAAUGUCGCCCGGUGUCAGUUGAAGAUCGGAGCCAUAACUGAUCACAUGACUGACAUGUGAUAACCUUCAAAAUGACCUCAUACCACUUGUCCCCGCCCCCUGGGUACCACGUGACUAAAUAACCGAAUCUUAUUGGCUACAUCAGCAAGUCACCGACUCAAGCCAGUUGUAGGUGCGCUCAUGUCGCUUGCGACUAGGGACAACUAGUUGUCUCCAGUCGUAAGAGUAGAAAAUGUGCGAUUCAGAAAAACUGGAGAUGACGACUGGUUGCCAUCCGUCUUACACCAGUCGUAACAGUGCUCAGGUCACGACUGAUCAGUUCCAUUUGAUCGUAAACCAGUCCCCGAUUUCGAGUCGCCGUCAGUUUUAUUGCGUCUUUGGGCGACAUAUGCUAGGCUUUACUCUAAGAAAUUUUGAGACUGUUUUAUGAAUAGGCCUUUAUUUAUAUAUUAGAUAUAAGGAUAUAGCACGUCAUGUAAUAAAAGAAUUAUUAUUACAAAACUAACAUUCACAAUUUGUAUCAUUCACAUAAUUUUUUUCUUCACAUUUUGACCAUGAUAAUGAUUUUUAUAUUGGUCAUUUCUGCUACCUGUCUGGACAUGACCAAUAAAAAUCAGUAUACUUUAAUCACUGUUCAUACCAUGUAAUUCAUUUAUAUUAAAGGAAGUAUCUUUUAGUGGACAAACAGGUGCCAUUGAUACAAGUCUAUUUAUAUGCAAGCUCAGUUCUAUAAACAGUACACUUGAAUGACACUAUAGCGUGAUUGGCCAUACAGCUUUGAAGGUGUCGUAAAUUGAUUGACAGAUUUAUCACAAUUUUUACAUACAAUAUAACGUAGUCAAGCCGCAUAAAGUAGAAAAUAAUUGUUUUACUACUGAUGAAAAGUAGUAAUGUCUGUUUAAAAGAAAGUUACAGCUCAAUUGUAAAUCACUACAUAAUCACUAUUAUUAAGGUUUCCAAUGUUCUAAAAAUAUUCAUAUAAAUUAAUGUAUUUUGUAUGUAAGUUAUGAAUAUGUACUUAAUUGUUUUAAAUUAAAUUGUAAAUAAUUAUUACUAUAAAGAGAAAUAUAAUUAAUUAUAAACUGCUUUUGUUUUGUAUUAAAGGAUAUGGUCUACAUUUUUUUAUAUUCUAACAAUAGAUACCUGUAGAUAAUCAACUGUGAAAACUUUUCAGGAUAGCUCCAUUCAAACACCAUGCUAAAUUAAAGACUGUGUUUCUGAAAUCAGUUGCUGAACCAGAACUAGCAAUUGAUAUUUGGAAUGGGUAGAUUCACAACUAACAGAUAAUUUAGAUAUACCAGACAUUUUUAUUAAAAUUAGAUUUCAUUUUAUUCCUCUAAUGUUGUUCUACUUUACUGAAGAUCUAACUACUUUACCACGUACAUAAAUUGUUGCCAAAGGAAAAUCAUCUUUUCUUUGGCUGCAUGUGUGGUAGACCUGGUACAAGCAUCUUAAAAGAUGGUUUUAGACUUUACUUUAAUGUAAAUAUAAACAACAUGAACUAGAAAUUAAAAAAAAAUGAAAAUAUGAUCUAAUUUUACAUGGAAUGCAAACAAAUUUUGCCGAUUUACUACAAACUUGGCAUUUUUUAGUUUUUUAGUAUUAAUGAUGUCUCCUCAACAUUCUUUAAUUAAGGGUUGCAGUUACCGGUAACAUGAAGCUACCUGAAUUUUUCUAAAAGUUGAUCAGAAAAGAUGUCCAAGUAAUAUCAUGUUUAUGCCUCUUAGUUAGAAUAUAGAAAUAGAUGGACUACCUCCUUUAAUUUUGUGAGAUGUUGUACAACAAACACUCUUGAGAGAUGAUUUUUAAAAAAUAAAAUUGAUAAGAUUGAGAUACCUGUUUUUAAACGAAUCAAAUUUUGUGAUAUUCUUUGAUAAAAUUGUCAGCUGUAAUGAUUAAAAAGAUUGUAUAGUACAAUGUGUGAAGAUAUUUUUUCUAGUGGUGCAAUGAAAGUUUUUUGUAAUUUUUGUUACACAAGAAACAGCUAUAUUAUAUAGGUACAUGUGUCAUGAAAUAAAGUAGGAAUAUAUAAAUAAAA